AUGGCCUCUACGAGGCCUCAGGAAGUUAAGAGCAAGGGUUGGACGCGGCCUGGUUGUAAGCAUAAAGUUGAUGUCGAGAUUAUUCCAGGCACCGAGAUCAUGAAGGAUGCGGGCGGAGUGCACUUUGUGCACGCACAGAACUCUGCUGAGUUGGUUGUCCUGAUCCCUCAGCCUACAAACAGACCUGACGAUCCUCUGAAUUGGAGCCCAUGGUGGAAGUUCAUUGUUAUCUUCAAUCAAGGCUUCUUUGUGAUUUCGAGCAUCGUUCCAGCCUUGUCUAUCUCGCCUCUAACGCAACUCCUUAUGGACAAGUGGCAAAAAAGUCUGACCGAGAUUGCGUUGCUGACUGGAGUCCUCGUGAUCACCGGGGGUUACUUCAACUUCAUUAUCAUACCUUGCAGCGAGAUUUUCGGAAGACGCAUCACGCUCCUCGUAUGUGCAGCACUCAGUCUCGCCGCCUGCGUUUGGUCGGCCACAGCGACAUCUUAUGGUUCUUUUCUUGGUGCCCGUGUAUUGACAGGCACGGGUUCUUCCGCAAACGAGAGCAUAAUGAAUGUCGUUGUUGCGGACAUGUUCUUUUUACAUGAGCGUGGGCGGUACAUUGGAUCAUACUUCUGGUGCUAUUUUGUAGGGGUACUCUUAGGUCCUAUUCUCUCUGGAGCCGUUGCGGAACAAGUCUCAUUUCGCUGGUUUUUCUGGGCUUGUGCCAUCGCGCAAGGACUAAAUUUACUCUUGCUGAUGUUCUUUUUCCCAGAAACGCGUAGACUCCACGAACACAAAACUACGCACACACCGACGGGGAUUGUGAGCGAAGGGAAGCCGAGUCGAGCCCAAUUUGGGUUGCUACAGUCCGUCGAUGGCGCUGCAUUGAAAGGAAUCAUGCGACAUUUCUUCUUGCCAGUCCAUAUUCUGUUCUUCCCUAUCAUACUUUGGGCAUCGAUGUCCAUGGGUUCAGCAGCCAAUUCUCUUCUGGGAAUCAACCUUCUUCAAUCUCCAGUAUUGUCUGCCCCCCCAUACAACUUCAAUUCGGCUCAGGUCGGAUACGCCAACUUUGCGCUUGUGGCUGGGGGAGUUAUCGGCCUCGUCACGGCGGGGCCGUGGUCUGACUGGGUCUCGGCUCGAGCAACAAUGAGGAACAACGGAGUUCGUGAGCCGGAAAUGCGGUUGGUCUCAUUAAUUCCGUUCAUUGCAGCUGCUCUCAUUGGACUCGUGGUGUCCGGGGUAGGCAUGCAAGACAAGUGGCCAUGGCCUGCAGUUGUGAUCGUAGGCUUCGGUUUCGUUGGACUGCAGGUUGUUACCAUUUCAACCAUAACCAUCACAUACGCAAUUGAUUGUUACAAGCCGGUGACCGGAGAGAUCAUGGUGAUUGCUACUGUAUGCAAGAAUACAUUCGGUUUUGGAAUGACUUAUUACAUGAACGAUUGGGCAACUAAGAGUGGUUACAUUCCGCCGGUUAUGCUCCUGCUGGCAAUGAAUGUAGGUAUUACCCUCCUUGGCACAGUUGUCUUUAUGUUUUUCGGGAAGACUUUCAGGCGUUGGACGAAAGAUUCGAAAAUCCAUUCACAAUAAUUGGUGACUUAGGACUGAGCGUAGGAGAGAGCUGCGUAUCUAGGUUUGAGCC